AUGCUUGCCAAUUCAGCCAGCGUGCGGAUUCUCAUCAAAGGAGGCAAGGUUGUGAAUGACGACUGCACCCAUGAGGCCGAUGUCUACAUUGAGAAUGGCAUCAUCCAGCAGGUGGGCCGUGAGCUCAUGAUCCCCGGAGGGGCCAAGGUGAUUGAUGCCACUGGGAAACUCGUGAUCCCUGGAGGCAUCGACACCAGCACCCACUUCCACCAGACCUUCAUGAAUGCCACCUGCGUGGACGACUUCUACCACGGGACCAAGGUAAUGCUUCUGCUUGCUGACGGGUCUCUUGAGGAGACCCUGGUGUCGGUCAUGUGA